AUGUCAGCUAGUCCAGAAGAACCUAUAGCUGAAGUUGCUGUUGCUGUUAAAGGUACUGAUAAACAAGAUGAAGAUGGGUUAGAUAGAAAAACGUUAUUUAUUCGUUCUAUCCCAUUUGAAGCUACUUCAGAUCAAGUAUCUGAAUUCUUUUCACAAUUCGUUCCUGUUAAACAUGCCGUUAUCGUUAAUGACAAUGAACAAAAAUCAAGAGGGUUUGGGUUUGUCUCAUUCACUGAAGAAGAAGAUACUUUGACUGCUUUGGUAGAAAGUAGAAAAGCCAAAUUUCAAGGAAGAUUAUUAAGAGUUGAUAUUGCCAAAAGAAGAGAACGUAAAGAUAGAAACGCUCCUCAAACUGAAACUAAAAAACCAACUAAAGAAAUCGUUCCUAUAGAGAAGAGAAGAGCAAGAUUGAUUAUUCGUAAUUUACCUUGGUCAUGUAAGAAACCAGAUGAAUUGAAAAAGAUCUUUUCUAAAUAUGGUGCUGUUUUUGAUGCUUAUAUUCCAAAGAAAAAGGGAGGACAAAUGUGUGGAUUUGCCUUUGUUACUAUGAAAAAGGUAGCUGCUGCUGAAAAGGCAGUUAAGGAAAGUGUCGGAUUAAAGAUUGAUGGAAGAGAAGUUGCUGUCGAUUUAGCUUUAGAAAAGUCUAAAUGGGAAGAAGUUAAAGAAGAUGAUGAUGAAGAAGAAGAAGAGGAAGACGAAGCAGUUGAAGAAGAAGAAAAUGACGAAGAUGAAACUAAAGUAGAAGACGAAGAAGAUGAAGAAGAAACUGAAGAAGCCAAAGAAGAUGAAGAAGAAUUCCAUAACCUUAAUGAAAUAAACUCUGAUGCCGAACUAGAAGAAGACGAACCAGCAGAAGAAGAAGAAGAAGCACCAAGAAAGAAAAGUAACAGACAAGAAGCAUUCUCCGUCUUUGUCAGAAACAUACCCUAUGAUGCCGAUUCCGAAACUUUAGCUGAACAUUUCACUCAAUUUGGUCCUGUUAAAUAUGCCUUACCUGUCGUUGAUAAAGAAACUGGAUUAUCCAAGGGUUCGGCUUUCGUUGCUUUUGAAACUGAAGAAGCUUUCAAUCAAUGUUUGGAUAAUGCUCCAAGUGUUGCCAGUACCUCUUUAUUAAUUGCUGAUGAUGUUUCUCCAGCCUAUGUUUAUCAAGGUAGAAUCUUAUCCAUUGCAUCUUCUGUCGAUAGACAAUCAGCUAAUAAAUUAGCCGAAAGAAAUUCAGAAAAGAGAAAAGAAGUAUUAGGAAAAGCUCCUGGUGAAAAGGAUAAACGUAAUUUAUUCUUAUUGAAUGAAGGUAGAAUCACCACCAAUUCCAAAUUAGCUCAAUUUAUUUCCAAGACUGAUUUAGAAAUCAGAGAAAAAUCAUAUAAAUUACGUGUUCAACAAUUGAACAAGAAUCCAUCCUUGCAUUUAUCAUUCACUAGAUUGGCUAUUAGAAAUUUACCAAGAGCUAUGAAUUCGAAAGCUUUAAAAGCUUUAGGUCGUAAAGCUGUGGUUCAAUUCGCUACUGAAGUUAAAGAAGAAAAAAGACAACCUUUAUCGAAAGAAGAAGUUAAUAGAUCGAUUAAAUUCAAACAAGAUAUGAAUGAAUUGGAUCCACUUCCAAAGAAAGGUGAAAAAUCAUCAAAACAUAAGGGUGUGGUGAAACAAGCUAAAGUUAUAUUUGAAGUUAAAGGUACCGGAGAAAUAGGUAGAAGUAGAGGGUAUGGUUUUGUUGAAUUCAGAGAUCAUAAGGCUGCCUUGAUGGCAUUAAGAUGGAUGAAUGCUCAUGAAGUUACUACUGAAGAAAUUGUUGAAGGUUUAACUGAAGAUGAAGUUAAAUUAGCUCAAUUAGAAGGAUUAAAUAAAAGAAGAUUGAUUGUUGAAUUUGCGGUUGAAAAUGCUCAAGUUGUGAAAAGAAGACGUGAAAAAGUAUUCCAAUCCCGUCAAAGAGAUCCUAAUGGAAAAGAUGAUGAAGGUAGAUCAAGAAAGAGAUCAAGAAAUGAUGAAGGAGGUGAAAGAGAUAAUAAAAGACCAAGAGGUAAUUAUGAUGAUAAGAAGGAUAAAAAAGGUAGAAAAGGAUCAGCUAAAAAGGUUAAUAUGAAUAAAGGGAAACCAGCAACCAAACCUAAUGAUGCCGAUCAUGCUAAACCAAAAUCAGGUCUUAGUGAAGAUGUGAAGAAAAUAAUUGGUAUAAAACGUAAGAGAAGAAAGGGAAAGAAAUAA